GCCGCCAACGGCAGCACUGAAGAGCCCUUGACGGCCUACCAUUCGCUCUUCUCCCAGCUUCUGUCCUGGAAGAACCCUCGUAACUCGGCCAUCGCCUAUGUUUCCGUCAUUUCUACCAUUAUCGCCGUUAGGUAUCUCAACCUUUUUAGCUGGAUUCUCUCCUUGUCCUGGAUGAUUUUGGCUACCACUGUUGCUGCCGAGGUUACAGGCAAGCUGGUCCUUAACAAUGGCCUGGCCUCUCAGUUCCGCCCCCGCCAAUACUACACACUUUCUCACGACACCUUCGAGAGGCUGGUUAGCGAUGCCCACGGACUCAUCAACUUCUUCUUGAUUGAAACCCAGCGCAUUAUUUUCGUUGAGAAUGUCAGCGUUUCGGCUGCUACUUGCGUCGCUGCCUUCAUCUCGGGCUUCCUGAUCAAGGUGCUGCCCUACUGGGUCCUUGCCAUCAUCGGAACCUCCAUUGCCUUCUUGGCCCCCCUGAUCUACUCCAAGAACCAGGAGUUUAUCGACGAGCAGCUCAAGACUGCUGCCGAUGCCAUCAAUGCCCAGACUGCCCAGGUUCGAGAUGCUGCUCAGAAGCAGGCCGACCAUCUCGCUGCCGUCAGCAAGCAGUAUGCUGGAGACUACACCGGAAAGGUCACUGAGAUUCUGCGCAGCCACAACCUUGCUCCCGCCGCCGCCAAGAAGUCCCCUGUUGAUUUCCCUUCCCCUCCUACUGAGGAACCCAAGGCUGCCGAGCCCCCUGUCUCUCAGGAGCCUAUCCAUGCCUAG